GUUGGCAUCAAGUACCAGUUUUUCUAAUCAAGCAGAAAGCAUGAUGAUCCCUGGAAAUGCUGCCGGUGUGGCCAAGCAGUUCCUCCGCUGUGUGUUCCAUCAGCUGGCUCCCAAUGGCAUCUUCCCCCAGCUUUUCCAGAGCAAUAUUAAAGAUGGAAGUUUUUUACGGACCUUGGCCACAUCUCUCAUGGACUUCAGUGAGCUGAGUUCCAUUGCUGCUCUGAGCCAGCUGUUGGAGGGUUUAAACAACAAGAAGAAUUUACCAGCAGGGGGGGCAAUGCUACGCUGCUUGGACAAUAUUGCUGCCUUUAUGGAAGCCUUGCCCAUGGAUUCGCCCAGCAACCUCUGGACCACAAUUAGUAAUCAGUUUCAGACCUUCCUUACUAAACUCCCUUGUGUUUUACCGCUUAAGUGUUCUUUAGAUUCUAGUUUAAGAAUCAUGAUUUGCUUGUUGAAGAUACCCACCACUAGUGCCACCAGGAGUCUUCUGGAGCCUUUUUCAAAAUUGCUAAGCUUUGUAAUUCAGAAUGCUGUCUUCACUCUGGCCUACCUAGUGGAACUGUGUGGUUUGUGCUACCGAGCCUUCACAAAGGAAAGGGACAAAUUCUACUUGACACGCAGCGUCAUAUUGGAGUUACUGCAGGCACUCAAAUUAAAGUCACCCUUACCGGACAUGAAUCUGCUGCUGUUGGUACAGUUUGUUUGUGCAGAUGCUGGAACAAAACUAGCUGAGUCAACAAUCUUGCAUAAACAGAUGAUUGCCUCUAUGCCUGGAUGUGGAACAGCAGCAAUGGAAUGCAUGAGACAAUAUGUUGGGGAAGUGCUGGAUUUCAUUGCAGAUAUGCAUACCUUAACCAAAUUAAAG